AUGAGGAAGAAGUUGAAUGCUUAUGAUGACGUUCCUGAGAAGCGGUUUGAGGAUUACCUUGAUUGGAGUUCAACUAUGGAUAAGACUUAUAAGAAUGGCAAAGUCUGGACUCAUCAAGAAUUUGGAGCCAUUAAACUAGAGCCCUGGUUGAUCCUUGCAGACAGAGAAUCAUUUAUUGAUGUAUUUAAGGAUUAUUGUGUACAGGAAAGGUUUGGUGUCUUUGUUGAAAAGAGUGACAUACUGAGGUAUAUAACAAGAUGUGCUAUAGAUUCAUGCAACUGGAGAAUUCAUGUUUCUACAAUGACUGACAAACUUUGCAAACAUCUACAAUCAGAUAUUCAAGCUAACCAUGACAUUCCAGUAGAGUCUUUACAGAGAAUCUGUAUGGAAAGGUUUAGGAUUCAAGUUAAAAAAAGGUUGUUUUACAUGGUGAAAGCUAUGGCAAAGGCGAUUAUACAUGGUGGUUUUGGAGAGGCCUACUCCCUUCUUCCUAGGUAUGCUGAGAUGGUGAAACCAACCAACCUAGGGAGUUAUGCUCAAGUGACAUGGACACAAGGUUCUGCAAAUGUGCAACCUAGAUUCAAGGCUUGCUUUUUUUCUUUUGCUGCCAAAGUUAGGGGUUUUUUGACAGGUUGUAGACCAAUUAUUGGUAUUGAUGGGGCCCAUCUCAGUGGAUAUUUUAAGGGCAUUUUGUUAACAGCAAUUGAAAUUGAUGGGAACAAUGAGAUUUUUGUGAUUGCUUAUGGCAUAGUUAAUAUAGAGAGUAUUGACACUUGGGGUUAA